GGCGGCGGCGGGGCGGCUGGGGGCGCCCCGAUGAGCCCCGAGUGUGAGGAGCCGCCGCCCCCCCGCGCAGGGCGCCAUGUUUUGGAAGUUUGACCUGCACACAAGCUCGCACCUGGACACACUGCUGGAGAAGGAGGACCUUAGCCUGCCCGAGCUCCUGGAUGAGGAGGACGUGUUGCAAGAGUGCAAGGUCAUCAACCGAAAGCUGUUGGACUUCCUGCUACAGCCACCCCACCUGCAGGCCAUGGUGGCCUGGGUCACCCAGGAGCCACCUGCCAGUGGUGAAGAGCGGCUGCGCUACAAGUACCCCAGUGUAGCCUGUGAGAUCCUGACCUCUGAUGUGCCCCAGAUCAAUGAUGCCCUGGGUGCAGAUGAGUCCCUCCUGAACCGGCUCUACGGCUUCCUGCAGAGUGGUGACAACCUCAAUCCACUGCUUGCCAGCUUUUUCAGCAAGGUCAUGGGCAUCCUGAUCAACCGCAAGACAGACCAGCUUGUGUCCUUCCUACGAAAGAAGGAUGACUUUGUUGACCUGCUGCUGAGGCACAUCGGCACCUCAGCCAUCAUGGACCUCCUGUUGCGCCUGCUUACUUGUGUGGAGCGGCCCCAGCUGCGGCAGGAUGUCUUCAAUUGGCUCAAUGAGGAGAAGAUUGUCCAGCGGCUGAUUGAGCAGAUCCACCCAUCAAAGGAUGACAAUCAACAUUCCAACGCGUCCCAGUCCUUGUGUGACAUCAUCCGCCUGAGCCGGGAGCAGAUGAUCCAAGGCCAGGACAGCCCGGAGCCAGACCAGCUAUUGGCCACCUUGGAGAAGCAGGAGACCAUCGAGCAGCUCCUAAGCAACAUGUUUGAGGAGGAGCAGAGCCAGUCUGUCAUUGUCAGUGGGAUCCAGGUGCUGCUGACCUUACUGGAACCUCGGAGGCCCAGGUCUGAGUCAGUGACCAUGAACAACUUCUUCAGCAGUGUGGAUGGGCAGCUGGAGCUUCUGGCCCAGGGGGCCCUGGAGAGUGUGGUGUCCUGCAUGGGUGUCCUGCAAGCCCUGCGUCCCCGGCUUGCGCGCUUCCACCAGCUCCUGCUUGAGCCUCCCAAGCUGGAGCCUCUGCAGAUGACGUGGGGCAGCCUGGCCCCCCCGCUGGGCAACACACGGUUGCAUGUGGUCAAGCUCCUGGCCAGUGCCCUGAGUGCCAAUGCUGCUGCCUUGACCCAGGAACUCCUGGUGCUGGAUGUGCCCAACACUUUGCUGGACCUCUUCUUCCACUACGUCUUCAACAACUUCCUGCAUGCUCAAGUGGAAGUGUGUGUGAGCGCCAUGCUGAGCUCGGGGCCCCCUCCAGACAGCAGCUCUGAGACACCUGUCCCGAACCCUGUUGUGAAACAUCUGCUGCAGCAUUGCCGCCUAGUGGAGCGGAUCCUGACCUCCUGGGAGGAGAACGACCGUGUGCAGUCUGGUGGGGGCCCAAGAAAAGGCUACAUGGGCCACCUGACACGAGUGGCCAAUUCCCUCGUACAGAAUGCAGAGCAGGGGCCCAACGCAGAGCAGCUGGGGCAGCUGCUAAAGGAACUGCCAGAUGAGCAACAGCAACGGUGGGAAGCCUUUGUGUCAGGUCCCCUGGCUGAGACCAACAAGAAGAACACCGUGGAUCUGGUGAACACCCACCACCUGCACUCCUCUAGUGAUGACGAGGAUGACCGCCUCAAGGAGUUCAACUUCCCUGAGGAGGCUGUGUUGCAGCAGGCCUUCAUGGACUUCCAGAUGCAACGCAUGACCUCAGCCUUCAUUGACCACUUUGGUUUUAACGAUGAGGAAUUUGGGGAACAGGAGGAAAGCGUGAAUGCACCAUUUGACAAGACUGCCAACAUCACCUUCUCCCUCAACGCUGACGAUGAGAACCCCAAUGCCAACCUGCUUGAGAUAUGCUAUAAGGACCGAAUCCAGCAGUUUGAUGAUGAGGAAGAGGAGGAAGAGGAGGGGGUCCAGGGUUCCACAGAGUCAGAUGGAGAGUAUGGUGCCUGGCAGGGUGGCCAGCUGGCGAGGGUAUCCCACACAGGCCAGCCCCCUGGUGUUCGGAGUGGAGGCAGCACAGACAGCGAGGACGACGAGGAGGAUGAGGAGGAAGAGGACGAGGAUGACAGGGUUGACCAGGCAGCCUGUGGAGAAACCAGCCCUCCCUCUUACCCCAGCCCUGACCCUCAGUCUCCUGGCCCAAGCUGGACAGCCACCUUUGACCCAGUGCCUAUGGACGUCCCGAUGGCUCUCCAAAUUUCUAGGGAAGAGGAGAUGUGCCCUGGGACCCUGGAUCAUGCGGGGCCCCUCAACACGCCUCCCUCCCAGAGCCUAACCAGCCCUUCAGCCCAUGAUGCUCCGCAGCUCAGGUCUCAGGACCCCACAUCCCCCUCAGCACCUCAGGAAGCCACAGAUAGCAGCAAAGUGGCAGAGCCCAUGGCACCCUGCCAGGCCUUGGUUAGUGUCAGGGACCUCCAGGCCACCCUGCACGGGAUGUGCUCCGCCUCCAGCUCCUUGGACAGUGCAACCAGAGACCCCUCUACCUCUGUCCCAGCCUCCGGGGUUCCCCAGCCCCCCCAGACCACAGAGGGGGAGAAGAGCCCAGAGCCCCUGAGGCUUCCCCAAAGCCAGAGUGCCCAGGCCCUUGAGCGUACUCCAAUGCCCAAUGGCUCUGCCCCAGGAGGGCCCGUUUCCCCGGGCUCCCAGUAGCUGCCUGGUGGCAGUGGUGGCCAUAUUCUUCGUCCUCCCCGUGGACCCCUGGUGGGGCAGGGUGCGUUCCAUGGAGGCCCUCUGCUCCCAUCACCCUGUCCCCCACAUUCUCUCCUCUGGGCUCCCAGGAGGCUGGUGCCAGGGAGAUGCCCCUCACCCACCCCCAAUUUGCACUGAGAAGAGAAACUAUGGAGUUUUGUCUCCUAGAAUAAAGAUGGAGAGUCACAUAGAGAGAAAGGAGUGCGAGAGAGAAACGUUUAUUAUAUAUUAUAUAUAUAUUGAGGGAGGAGAGAGAGAGGAAGCCAGGACAAGAACUGGGCCAGCAGCUCUGAAGCACAGCCUCCUCUUGCCCUGGGGUUCUGAGGCUGCUGUCCAUGCCCCGGUACAGAUGCCCACACCCGGCCUUUCACUCAGGACCUACUUUGGGGCAUAGCAGUAAGGGUGUCAGGGGCCCAAGUGUGGCCAUGCCUUCGUCCAGACCCUGCACUUUGACCAGGCGCCUGGCCCCGGGGAGUGGGGCUUCCCUGGAAACAUCCCCAGGACUCCUGAAUCUGUCACUGGGUCCUGAAAGUCCCAGCCCUGCUGCCAAGUGGCCUUGUCCCAGCUCCCUCCCCCAGGCUGGCGUGAGUGUGUGUGUGUUCAGUGCUGAGCUUCUGUUUCAUAUCGCAAAUAUAAAUAAAGGAAGACAGUUUACGA